AGAUCCAUGUUAGAAUUGUAUUCGACUUGGCAGCAGAUGGUUCGCGAAAGUGUGUGUCUCUUCUUAGCUCGUUAUACUAAUUAAUCUAGAUAUAUUUAAAUAAAAAAAAAUAAAAAAAAUAAAAGGAAAAUCAAGCAGAAAAGCAGAAAAAGAAAUUCAUUGAAUGAAUAAAUCGAAAAUUACAAGAGAAUUAAGACGAAAAACGUGUGCUUAGGAUUCACUUUGUUUAGAAGUUGUUUAGCAGUCAGAUAAAAAAUAAUAAUUUAGGAACCGAAAAAAAAUAAUAAAAUUAAAAAUUAUUAAAAUCAGUAUUAUAAUCCGUCGACUUUUUAACGUAGUUUAUCACCAUACACACAAACACACAUAACAAUUCAUCACAUUCAACAGAAAAUUUAACGAAAAAAAUUCUUCCAAAUGUGAGAGCUUGAGCUGUUUGAAUUCAACUCUGAAUUUUAUUUAUUUUGUGUUUUCUUUUUUGUCUUUCGACCCGUGUUUUAAAACCGUAAACCAGUAGGUAAUACACGCACACAUACCGUUAAGAAAGAGAAAGCGAAUCGUUUUGUGAAAGAAAAUUUGAAAAGAAAAAUGGAAUAAAACAGAAAAAAGAAAAGUGUCGCUAAAUGUUCACAUCUAACAACAACGCAUAAAUAACGUUUAAUAUGUUCUGAAAAUUUUCAUUUCAAUUCCGAAGUUUCGAAGUGAAAGAAAAAAGAAAAGAAAAUAUAUAUCCGAAACGAAAAUUUCAAGAGGAAAAGAACGAAACGAAAAAAAGAAGCAAAGGAGAAGAAAGAAAGAAGAAUAAAAAAAAACGUCGAAAAUCAUUCGGACCGCACAUAAAGCUAAGUGAAUAGAUAGCACAGAUCUUGGUCUAUCUCACUUUCAUCGUUCGUGUGUGUGCUUUUUCUCUGUGUGUCUCUGUGCGUUUGUAUCAUUUUGUUUGUGACUCGGAUCAUCAUAUAUCACAACAUACUUUGUCGUCGUCGUUAUAUACGUAUCAAUGUAUAUAUUAUAAAAGUUCGUUCCCUGUGCCUCAGAUAGAGUAUAGUGACCUAUGUAGAUGGUAUUAUUUGAUGUGUAUUUUAAGUGAACGUUGGCAGCCCUGGAGUGUUACGGUUUCGUAGCGUUUACUAGCGAAACUCACCACUCAAUGGAUAUUUGUUUGCUUUGCUUGCGGUGCACCUGAAUAGGGGAUGUCGCAAACAAUACUUGAUUCUUCAACCACAAGAGCAUACGCAACAACAGCAGCCACUCUAUCCGAUCUCGACGAUGAGGAAAAAUGUUUGACUGAACGAAAAUGGUGGUGUUUUCUGUUGUCGAGCAUCUUCACUUUCUUGGCUGGUCUUCUGGUCGUUCUACUGUGGCGUGCCUUUGCUUUUUUGUGCUGUCGUAAGGAGCCAGAACUAUCGCCAAAUGACCCGAAACAGAAGGAGCAGAAAGCCAAUCGGCAGGGGAAGCAGGAGUUCGAGGGCACCUUCAUGACCGAAGCCAAAGAUUGGGCCGGUGAACUGAUAUCGGGACAAACAACAACCGGCAGAAUUUUGGUGGUGCUCGUUUUUAUAUUAAGUAUUGCAUCGCUUAUUAUAUAUUUUGUUGAUGCAUCGAAUAAAUAUGUUGAGAUGUGCGUCCGGUUUAGCGACAAUAUCACGCAGCAAAUCGACCUCGCCUUCAAUAUUUUUUUUAUGGUUUACUUUUUUAUACGAUUCAUAGCAGCAUCCGAUAAACUAUGGUUUAUGUUAGAAAUGUAUAGCUUCGUAGAUUAUUUUACAAUACCCCCGUCCUUUGUAUCCAUAUAUUUACAGCGAACAUGGAUCGGUCUUCGUUUCCUGAGAGCGCUGCGUCUCAUGACCGUUCCCGAUAUAUUACAAUAUUUAAAUGUAUUAAAAACAUCAAGUUCGAUACGUCUUGCGCAGCUUGUUUCAAUAUUUAUAUCAGUUUGGUUGACAGCAGCCGGAAUUAUUCACUUGCUGGAAAAUUCUGGUGAUCCAUUAACCUUCGACAAUUCGCAACCGUUGUCAUAUUGGACGUGCGUUUAUUUUCUAAUUGUUACCAUGUCAACCGUGGGCUAUGGCGACGUGUACUGUGAGACAGUGCUUGGACGAACGUUCUUAGUGUUUUUCCUACUUGUCGGUUUGGCAAUAUUCGCAAGUUGUAUACCAGAAAUAAUUGACUUGAUCGGAACAAGACCCAAAUAUGGGGGAACAUUGAAGAACGAAAAAGGUCGAAGACAUAUUGUCGUAUGCGGUCACAUAACCUACGAGUCGGUGUCACAUUUUCUAAAGGAUUUUUUGCACGAGGAUCGUGAAGAUGUUGACGUUGAAGUUGUAUUUUUACAUCGAAAACCACCUGACUUGGAAUUAGAAGGGCUAUUUAAACGUCAUUUUACAACGGUGGAAUUCUUCCAAGGAACUAUUAUGAAUCCCAUCGAUCUGCAACGCGUUAAGGUACACGAAGCUGAUGCCUGUUUAGUUUUAGCCAAUAAAUACUGUCAAGAUCCGGACGCCGAGGAUGCUGCCAAUAUUAUGCGAGUUAUUUCGAUAAAAAAUUACAGCGAUGACAUUCGAGUUAUCAUUCAACUGAUGCAAUAUCAUAAUAAGGCUUAUUUACUCAAUAUCCCAUCGUGGGAUUGGAAGCAAGGAGACGAUGUGAUAUGUUUGGCUGAACUGAAAUUGGGCUUCAUUGCACAAAGUUGCCUAGCGCCUGGUUUUUCAACCAUGAUGGCUAACCUCUUUGCGAUGAGAUCAUUCAAAACGUCGCCAGAUACGCAGGCAUGGCAAAACGAUUAUCUACAGGGUACAGGAUGUGAGAUGUACACUGAAACCUUAUCACCUUCAUUUACUGGCAUGACUUUCCCGCAAGCCAGCGAAUUAUGCUUUACGAAAUUAAAGCUGCUUCUGUUGGCGAUUGAGAUUAAAGCAACGGAAGAAGGUGCCGAUAGUAAAAUUUCCAUAAACCCACGUGGUGCUAAGAUACAAGCGAACACACAAGGAUUUUUCAUAGCUCAAAGUGCCGAUGAAGUCAAACGCGCUUGGUUUUACUGUAAAGCCUGCCACGAUGACAUAAAAGACGAAACGUUAAUCAAAAAGUGUAAAUGUAAAAAUUAUGUAGGCAUGAUUAUGAUGCAAACUGGAAUGGUAAAACACGGUCUGAAUUCAGCUUGUCACACAUACAUCGACGUGACAGCCACGUUCAGGAAAGGCGUCCGAGCCGUACAAAUGGUUGGACGAGCAAAAGACGAUGACAACUUGUUCUCAAAUGAUCAUCAUCCCGCGCCUACAUUUACUCCUCCAGAACUUCCAAAGCGCUUACAUGUGCGCGGAGUCACUGCCGCUGACAUUACUAGAGAUCGGGAAGAUAUUAACUUAAUCAAUCGAAACCGACGAUCAAAUGGCGGUAUUACGGGUUCAUCGCAGCAACUUAACGCGCAACAACAGCCUCAACAGACUGGACCACAGCAGCAACAGCAGGCGGUCAAUAUGCAAGUGAAUUCCAUUAAACAAGUUAACAAAGUCAAACCAAAUGUAAAUAGACAACCUCCAGAUAAUGCAGUCUCACCAUCAACGUACAACAGACCUACGGAACCUGAAGCAAAUCCGUAUGCGGGCUAUCAACUUGCUUAUGAAGUGAAAAAACUCAUGCCGACAAGUCGUGGCGGUGGUUCUGGUACACAGCAAGGUAACGGCGUAUCAAUGCCUGCCGGCAUUGCCGACGAUCAAUCCAAGGACUUUGAUUUCGAAAAAACCGAAAUGAAAUACGAUUCAACCGGAAUGUUUCAUUGGAGUCCUGCACGCAAUUUGGAGGAUUGCAUUUUGGAUCGCAAUCAAGCCGCGAUGACGGUUCUCAAUGGCCAUGUUGUAGUAUGUUUGUUUGCCGAUCCGGAUUCACCAUUGAUUGGGCUGCGAAAUUUGGUGAUGCCGUUACGAGCCUCGAAUUUUCACUAUCACGAACUCAAACAUGUCGUUAUUGUUGGUUCGGUGGAUUACAUUCGACGCGAAUGGAAAAUGUUACAAAAUCUACCAAAAAUAUCAGUGCUGAAUGGAUCGCCACUGAGUCGUGCCGAUUUACGCGCUGUGAAUGUGAAUUUAUGUGAUAUGUGUUGCAUAUUGUCAGCAAAAGUGCCCAGCAACGAUGAUCCAACGUUAGCUGAUAAAGAAGCAAUUUUGGCAUCACUCAACAUCAAAGCAAUGACUUUUGACGAUACUAUAGGCGUAUUAAGUCAACGUGGUCCUGAAUUCGAUAACAUGAAUACAGCCGGUAGUCCGAUAGUGUUACAGAGAAGAGGAUCGGUCUAUGGAGCAAAUGUUCCCAUGAUUACAGAAUUAGUUAACGAUAGUAAUGUACAGUUCUUAGAUCAAGACGAUGACGACGAUCCGGAUACAGAACUAUAUUUGACACAGCCGUUUGCUUGUGGCACAGCAUUUGCAGUUAGCGUAUUAGAUUCAUUAAUGUCUACGACUUACUUUAAUCAAAACGCCUUAACAUUAAUUCGAUCAUUAAUUACGGGUGGUGCAACACCUGAACUGGAAUUAAUUUUGGCUGAAGGUGCUGGUCUUAGAGGCGGUUAUAGCACUGUAGAUAGUUUAAGCAAUCGAGACAGAUGUCGUGUGGGGCAAAUUUCACUAUACGAUGGACCACUGGCUCAGUUUGGUGAAGCUGGCAAAUACGGUGACCUUUUCGUAGCGGCUUUAAAAUCUUAUGGCAUGCUUUGUAUAGGCUUGUACAGAUUUAGAGACACUAGCUCGAGUUGUGAUGCGAGUAGCAAACGAUACGUAAUCACAAAUCCACCGGAUGACUUUUCGCUACUGCCAACCGACCAAGUCUUUGUUCUAAUGCAAUUCGAUCCUGGACUGGAGUAUAAACCGCCGUCAGUGCGUCGUGCAACCAAUGUGAAUACACAGAGCGCCGGUGUAGGUGGUGGUGGUUCGAAUAAAGAUGACAACUCCUGACUGUUGCUGUGUAGCGCCUUAACUGAUGGCCCUUAUUCGUACAUAUGAACGACGGAGAAAUUCACUAUAUGCAAUGUAAUGCAAUUCAUUCAAACCAUUUAUCAGAAAAUUAUUGGAAAAAUUUAUUUCAUUUUGCGAAAAUUGCGAUUGCGAAAAGCGGCGGCCGUAUCAUACAGCGUUGCCACCAAUUCAGACACCACAAUCUAUCACUUUUAGACCACCAUAUAAAUGAAGUAGCAAGAAACUAUCGCAACCGGAAAUAAAAACCAAAAAAGUUGAAUAAAUUUUUUAAAUAAAUUUCUUCGAAUUGCAUUACAUCGCAUAUUACGUACUUGCAAGUGGUAUUUUUUCAAAACACUAAAACCGCAGUGUUCAUUUUUUUCCUUUCUUUCAAAUGUUGAUUGGCUGAUUGAGUUUAAUUUUUCAUUCAUUUUUGGUUUCAAUUUGGUUAGAUCUAUAUGUUGAUUUUCGUUUUCGAGGAUUUAUGUAUAGAAUAAAUACCUAUUGCCAGGAGAGAAAAAAACCAAACACACGUCUUUCAUAUGAAAACACUUUGCUAGCCACACCAUUCCUAGUCGUUAUUGUACGAAUUUUCGGUUAUAUUGCAUAAAAUGCGCGUCCUUUAGUUUCAAAUUAUCAUAUUGUUUCUGUUUGUCAUACGUUUUGACGAGUGAUGAUUUUUUAUUUGUAUUGUUUUAUUUUGUUUGCUUGGUGUGGACAGGCACAUGGGGCGCUACCAGUAAGGCUUGCUACACUCAACACACGAAUGCGAAUCUAAACUUUGAACACUAAGCAAAGAAACAAAGAAGAAUGAAACCAAUCUAAAUUUGAUGAUACAUCAUAGAAACCAAAAAAAAAAACCAAAUAAUUAACACAAACCAACAUUUAGCUCUAGUUAAUAGGAAUAAAUACAGUUUUGAACAAAAAAAAAAUAGUUCAAUGAUUGAACCAAAGCUAAAAGAGUGAAGAAAACUCUUAGUCAGAAAUGAACUCUUAGUCACACACACACACAAGAAAAAGAAAAAUGUUUGUACAUUUGAAAUUUAUUGAUAGUGAGAGAAAACAAAAAAGAAUAAGAAACACCUAAUUAAGAAAAGAAAGAAAAAAUGACAGAAAAAAAACACACAACUCUAGUUAAUGUGAAUUAAUUCUAACAAAAGCAGAUAAAAGCAGACUUAAUAUCGAUCUCUAGUUACGUGCGAAUCAUGAAAACAUUGCUAUACAUUUAGCGUAUAACUUAGGCUAUUGACAAAAACUGAAAAAGAGUGAAAAAAAAAUAAAUAAAAAUGAAAAAAAACACCACAGAAUCCCUAAGGUGCAAACAUUUAUACCAGAAAAAAAUCCAAAAUUUAACCUCACUCAUCGGAUCUAGUGCCGUAGACUGAACUUCAUGCACUUUGAUCAACACAAACUACGAAAAAACCUUCUCCCUCAACCGAAAGAGAAAAACACACACACUUCGAAAGAGAAACAAAACAUCACAGCACAGCAAAACGAAACACACAUACCGCGACUAAAACAUUUGCGAGACAAAAUGAAAACGAACGCCAUUGAAAUAUUCCACACACUCGUUAUUAUAAAAACGGCGAUUAUUGAGAUCGUCUUUCUUAGGGUAAAAAAAAACAUCAAAUCCAAUUUAAUAGAUUUCCAAUUUUAAUACAUGUUCCAUCAGCAUCUAGUUUAAUCAGUCCAACUCAACCAAAGCAAACUAUUAAUAUUUCCACUCUCCAUUCAUAAUAAAUGUUGUUCUUAAAUGGGCUUAUUCAAUCGAACACACUCUUUCGAAGUGGUAUCGAGCUAUAGAGCGCUGACAUUUUUCCUACAACUAGCCACUACCCUACCACCAUUUCCAUGAAUCGCAAAUUUUUUCGGUGAUUUCAAAUUGGAUGAUUUCAGCAUCACAUUUAUUUCAUGUAACUCGCGAACAACGUUUGCAAAUAUUUUUCAUUCGUAUUAAUCAUAAUCGAUGUGUGUGAGAGUGUGUAGUGAUGUUCCAAUACGGAGACGAAGCAAAACGAUUGCAUCAAUUUUAUGUUGACUACUUACUAGUCGAAAAGUGUGACGAUUCGACCGUAAUGCGAAUUAGAUGCAUAAAAAAAACCAUUAGAACUAAACAAAAUGUGGUCGUUAAGCGUUUUCGUUGUUGUUUUUCUUUUCUUUUGAAAUCAUCAUCAGCAGUGUUCUAUCGAUGUGUCGCGCAAUAUAUGUACGUAGUUCAUUGAAAUAAACACAGCAAAUAAUUAAGACAAAUUGAAUGGAAAAAACCUACUUUGUAAAAGCCAAUAGCCUGUAAAGAUACAAAAUGCUAACGAUGAUCGCCUAAAUAGCUAAAUUAAAAAAAAAAAAAACAAAUACGAUUCGAUACAAAUUUUUGUCCCUGUCGAUAAAUUUUUCGUUUGGAAAAAUGCUCCAAACUCUGAGUAGAAAAAAAACAAAUGUUUUUGCAAUAUUAUGAUUGCAAAUUCGAUCCAUAACAUUGAUUUGAUUUUUAACAACAAAUUUCAAUAAAUGGAAUGGAUUUUUUUUUUGCUGAUCAAGAUAAUUUGUGAUAAAAAAAAUUGAUCAUGCAAUACUCAUUGCAGAUCCUAUUAAGUGCAACUACAAGAAUGCAAACCAACACACACACACAAUGGCAAUGAACAUGAAAUAUUUAAUUUAUGCUACAUAAAUGUAUUAGUGCAUUAAAUAAAAUGAAUUUAUGUGAACAAACCAAAAAACAAAAAAAUAUGGCUAGAAUUCAUGAGCAAAAGCAAGUGUAAAAAAAAUUAUUGAUCCAUAUGAAUGAUAUUAAAGAAAAAAAAGAAAUUUUGUAAAUAUUAAGCGAUUUAAAAUCGAUUAAAAUAAUUUUUAUUGAAUGCCAGACAUAGAAAGAAUGAAUAUAUAUAUAUAAAUUAUCUAAAGAAAACCAAACUAAAAUGUCAGAUUUAUUAUUCGAGCUUUUUCCGCUAAAUGAUGAAAACGUAUUUAAAUGAGACAAAAUAAGAUUCAACAUUUAAUUAAGGAAUUAGUCAUAUAAAAAUUAAUUAACUGAAGAGGAAAACAGACAAACAAAAUAAACCAAUUUAUGGAUAUUAUCGUUGACGUUACAUUGA